CUUUGACCAAGCUCUCUCUUCUGUCAAGAAAUCCUCCGUUUUUGACCCUCAAGAAUGAGACAAGACGAGGAAAACUCCGAGGAAGAGUUCGUAGAGAUUGAUCCCACUGGUCGCUAUGGACGAUAUAAUGAAGUUCUAGGCAAAGGAGCUUUCAAACAAGUAUACAGAGCAUUUGAUCAACUGGAAGGAAUCGAAGUGGCUUGGAACCAAGUUAAGCUAGACGAUAAACUCUGUAGCUCAGAGGAUUUAGAUCGUCUUUACUCUGAAGUUCACUUACUCAAAACUCUUAAACACAAAAGCAUCAUCAAAUUCUACACUUCUUGGAUCGAUCACCAACACAUGACCAUCAAUCUCAUCACCGAAGUCUUCACUUCCGGAAAUCUUAGACAGUACCGGAAGAAGCACAAGUGUGUUGAUCUAAGAGCACUAAAGAAAUGGUCAAGGCAGAUUCUAGAAGGGCUUGUUUAUCUUCAUAGUCAUGAUCCCCCUGUGAUCCAUAGAGAUCUUAAAUGCGAUAACAUAUUGAUCAAUGGUAACCAAGGUGAGGUUAAAAUUGGAGAUCUCGGGCUAGCAGCCAUUCUGCAUCGUGCUCGCUCAGCUCAUAGCGUCAUUGGUACUCCUGAAUUUAUGGCGCCUGAACUCUAUGAAGAAGAUUACAAUGUACUUGUCGAUAUAUACGCCUUUGGAAUGUGUUUGCUUGAGCUUGUAACUUUUGAGUACCCGUAUGUCGAAUGUACAAAUGCUGCUCAGAUUUAUAAGAAAGUUACAUCGGGAAUCAAACCAGCCUCACUUGCAAAAGUUACUGAUCCGCAAGUGAAAACAUUCAUAGAGAAGUGUAUCGCAAAGGUCUCAGAACGCUUGUCAGCCAAGGAACUACUUGAUGAUCCUUUUCUGAAAUGCUACAAGGAAAAGACCGAAAGUGUCACAUAUUACAAAGAAAACGGAUGCAAUGGAAGAGAAGUUGAAGAUAAACCCUCAGAUUCUGCGGUAGGUUUAUUAACCGUAGAAGGUCGUAAAGACCUCAACACAAUCUUCCUAAAACUACGUAUCACCGAUUCCAAAGGUCAAAUCCGUAAUAUACACUUCCCAUUUAACAUAGAGACGGACACAUCUUUCUCAGUAGCCAUCGAAAUGGUCGAGGAACUAGACCUAACCGAUGAUCAAGACAUCUCGACGAUCGCUAAAAUGAUUGACGCAGAGAUACAUUCACACAUUCCCGAUUGGAUCCCUUCUGGUCUUAACGGAGAUUAUUCAACCAUGCAAAGAUGUUUAUCUUCUCCUGAUUCGCUGCGUUUAGAUAGAUUUCCCUCAGGGAGAAAAGUCUGGUCCUCUCCUAAAGCUGGAGAUUCACGUUCACCGUUCGCUCAACGUUCUAGUUCUAAGCUUUCGUCGCCUUCAAAAGGACGCAUCAAUGAUAAAGAAGUUGGGAUUGUAGUUGAGAAACUUGAGUCUUUGUUGAGGAAACAGAGAGAGGACAUUGAAAAAAUGCAUCGAGAUCAAGAACGUGUUGUUUGUGAGUUUUUGAAAGAGUUUCCUCCUGAGAUCUGUGAAGAGGCUUUGCUCAGAUUGCAAGCCAUGGAUUCCGACAGCUUACUGUGUUAAAUUCGUUUGUUACAACAUGAGUACAUCUCUAGUCAAUAUUUAUUUGGUCUGCAAUAUUAUGUUAUACUACACAAUAAUUAAA